AUGCACGCCUCAACCGUCCUCGCCGCUGUCCUCCCCGCCGCCGCCGUCAUGGGCGCCACCCACGUCGUCAAGGUCGGCGAUGGAGGCCUCACCUUCUCGCCCAACGACAUCAAGGCCGCCGUCGGCGACUUGGUCGAGUUCCAGUUCUACCCCAAGGCGCACUCGGUCGCCCAGUCCGCCUUCGAUACCCCCUGCACGCCCUUGUCCAACGGCACCACGACCGGCUUCUUCAGCGGGCCCGUCCCCGUCACCUCGGGCGUCGGCGCCAUGGCUUGGACCCUCGAGAUCAAGGACAAGAGCCCCAAGUGGUUCUACUGCGCCACCGGCAAGCACUGCCAGAGCGGCAUGGUCGGCGUCAUUAACGCUCCUGCCGGCGGCAAGAAGACCGUAGAGAUGUAUGCCAAGGCCGCUGCCGAAGCCAAGGAAAACGUUGCUCCCAGCUCCACCAGUGGUGGCAUGAUGGGCCCCGCCUCCGCCGCCGACGCCCCCAAGUCUGGCGGCUCCGGCUCCGCUUCCCCCAGCGGCUCCUCCGGCGCCCCCGCCGCCUCCGGCUCCGGCAUGCCCAGCGCCGGCAUCGAGGCCCGCGGCGACGUGCGGUGGGGCCUGCUCAGCCUGGGUAUGGCCGCCGCCGGCCUCGUCGGCGGGCUCCUCGUCUAA